AUGGUGAACUCUUUACUGGCCUCUACAGUGACUACUGGGGAAGAGAUGCCGCUCUAUUUCGCACCAUGAACCGCAUGGCCCAUCUCCGAACUGAACCCGAUAAUGAGCGCCUGUUGAAAGAACCAAAAUUUGUUGGCUCAUACAUGAUUCCUGACAAUGAAGACCAUGAUGAUAACAAAGUAUAUUUCUUCUUUACUGAAAAAGCAUUAGAGGCUGAGACAAACACUCACGCCAUAUAUACCAGAGUGGGACGUGUAUGUGCGAAUGAUAUGGGAGGCCAGCGAAUGCUCGUGAAUAAAUGGAGCACUUUCCUCAAAACCAGGCUAGUUUGCUCUGUGCCAGGGAGAAAUGGAAUUGAUACCCAUUUUGAUGAAUUAGAGGAUGUGUUUUUGCUGCAAACUCGUGAUAACAAAAAUCCAGUGAUAUUCGGCCUCUUCAACACUACAAGCAAUAUAUUUAGAGGAUAUGCUGUAUGUGUUUACCACAUGGCGAGUGUCCGAGCAGCUUUCAAUGGACCAUAUGCUCAUAAAGAAGGACCUGAAUACCACUGGGCUCUCUACGAAGGAAAAGUACCUUAUCCUAGACCUGGUUCAUGUGCCAGCAAGGUGAACGGCGGUCUGUACACUACCACUAAAGACUAUCCUGAUGAAGCUGUCCAUUUUGCCAGGAGUCACCCACUGAUGUAUCAACCCAUCAAGCCUGUUCAUAAGAGACCAAUACUAGUUAAAACAGACGGAAAGUACAAUCUUAAACAGCUAGCAGUGGACAGAGUGGAAGCUGAAGAUGGGCAGUAUGAUGUCUUGUUCAUUGGCACAGAUAACGGAAUUGUGCUGAAAGUCAUUACAAUUUACAAUCAAGAGACAGAAUCGAUGGAAGAAGUGAUUCUUGAAGAGCUGCAAGUAUUCAAGGUGCCAGUUCCUAUAAUUUCUAUGGAAAUCUCUUCAAAAAGGCAACAGCUCUACGUUGGAUCCAAGUCGGUCAUAGCACAAGUGAAAUUCCACCAGUGUGACAUGUACGGGCCCGCCUGCGCGGAUUGCUGCCUCGCUCGGGAUCCAUACUGCGCUUGGGACGGCAUCUCCUGCUCCCGGUACUACCCAACAGGGAUGCAGGCAAAGAGACGUUUCCGCAGACAAGAUGUUCGACAUGGAAAUGCAGCGCAGCAGUGCUUUGGCCAGCAGUUUAUUGGUGAAGUCCUGGAGAAGACUGAGGAGCGACUUGUUUAUGGGAUAGAGUACAACAGCACCCUUCUGGAGUGCACCCCUCGGACCUUACAAGCAAAAGUAAUCUGGUUUGUCCAACGAGCACAUGAAACUAAGAAGGAAGAGGUGAAGACAGAUGAUAGAAUAAUCAAAAUGGACCUUGGCCUCUUAUUCCUGAAACUGCAUCGCCUGGAUGCAGGGACGUAUUUUUGUCAGACAGAGGAGCACAGCAUUGUUCACACUGUCAGGAAAAUCACCCUGGAAAUAGUCGAGGAAGAACGCGUAGAUGAAAUGUUCAAUAAAGACUAUGAGGAGGAGAUACCUCACAAAAUGCCAUGUCCAAUGCAGAGCAGUAUACCUCAGGCGUCAAAGCCAUGGUACAAAGAAUUUCUUCAACUAAUAGGUUACAGCAACUUCCAGAGGGUGGAAGAAUACUGUGAAAAAGUGUGGUGUACAGAUAAGAAGAGAAAAAAGCUGAAAAUGUCUCCAUCCAAGUGGAAAUACGCCAACCCUCAGGAGAAGAAGGCAAGGAUCAGACCUGAGCAUUACCGGUUACCCAGGAACAUAGCUGACUCUUGAUGGACAAAAUCCAUCCACUGUUUCUGAGUGAAAUUUUAUUUGGACUUAAGUAAGAGGGAGAAAUCAGUCUUGAGUUUGGUAAAUGGUACAGGCAUAUAUAUAUAAAAUAUCAGGACUGAAAACAAAAAUGCUAUGAUAAGUUAUACUGUACACUUAUGAUGACUGUUUAGAAGCAUUUUAAACAAAAUCUUCUUAAUUAUUCAAUUUCAGUAGGUCAAUGCAAUCAGAGUUUUGCAUUACAGAGGACAUG